AUGUGCCUUAUAGGUAUUGGAGUUGGCAUGCUGGUACGGGAAUAUGGCAAACUGUCUAACCUGGAUAAAUUUUACUUUUCCUUUCCUGGUGAAAUGCUGAUGAGAAUGCUCAAACUCAUCAUUCUGCCGCUCAUCAUCUCAAGUAUAAUCACAGGUGUUGCGGCUUUGGAUUCCAAUGUUUCUGGGAAGAUUGGUUUGCGAGCAGUCAUAUAUUAUUUAAGCACUACACUCAUUGCUGUAUUAAUAGGGAUUGUCUUGGUUGUAACCAUUAAGCCUGGAGCGUCUCAAACAGCAGAAGAGAUUGACAGAGUGGGCAGUACCCCUGAAGUCACUACUGCUGAUGCCAUGCUGGAUCUGAUCAGGAACAUGUUCCCAGAAAACCUUGUCCAGGCCUGUUUUCAACAGUAUAAAACCAAACGUCAAAAAGUGGAAGCUAAAAUUGGCAUGGAUAAAAAUAGCUCUGCAGUUACAAAAGAACCUGGUGCAAAGAACAAAACCCAAGAAUACAAAAUUGUGGGCGCAUACUCUGGUGGCAUCAAUGUGCUGGGGUUGAUAGUCUUUUGUCUUGUUUUUGGAGUGAUUAUUGGCGAAAUGGGAGAGAAAGGACAAGUGCUGUUCGAUUUUUUCAAUGCCCUGAAUGAAGCUACAAUGAGAAUAGUUCAGAUAAUUAUGUGGUAUAUGCCAAUUGGUAUCGUGUUUUUAAUUGCUGGAAAGAUAAUAGAAGUUGAGAACUGGGAAAUCUUUCGUAAGCUGGGUCUUUAUAUGGCUACAGUACUGAGUGGACUUGCAAUCCAUUCCGCUGUAAUUCUUCCACUGAUCUACUUAAUAAUAGUAAGGAAAAAUCCUUUUCGAUUUGCCAUGGGGAUGGCUCAGGCUCUUCUGACGGCCCUUAUGAUUUCUUCCAGUUCAGCAACUUUGCCUGUCACCUUCCGUUGUGCUGAAGAAAAAAAUGGCGUCGACAAAAGAAUCACCAGGUUCGUUCUUCCGGUCGGAGCUACCAUCAACAUGGACGGCACCGCUCUUUACGAAGCAGUAGCAGCUAUAUUUAUUGCACAGCUGAAUGACUUAAAACUGGAUCUUGGCCAAAUAGUUACUAUUAGUGUGGCAGCCACAGCAGCCAGCAUUGGGGCUGCAGGCGUCCCCCAGGCCGGACUUGUCACCAUGGUGAUUGUACUGAGCGCUAUUGGCCUGCCUGCUGAAGAUGUCACUCUCAUCAUUGCAGUCGACUGGCUUCUGGAUCGAUUCAGAACAAUGGUGAAUGUCUUGGGAGAUGCCUUUGGUACAGGGAUAGUGGAGAAGCUCUCUCAAAAUGAGCUGGAGCAGAUGGAUGCCACAGCUGAAGUCAACAUAGUCAGUCCUUUUGCCUUGGAAACAAUACUUGGUCACAACGAAGCAGGGACCAAGAAGUCAUACGUCAACGGAGGCUUUGCUGUAGAUAAGUCUGACACCAUAUCCUUCACGCAGACAUCUCAGUUCUAA